AACAUCUAUAAAUUAAAAGUCAGUGACCCAGAUGGUGACCCUAUUACCUUCACCUCAUCAUGGGCGCCUACUACUGGCAGUGACUACUUUUACUUCGACGAAACAAACGAUACCAAGGACACAAAUGACGCCAUCUUAACAAUAACGGUCACGAAUGUUAAUGAAGCGCCAUCUUUUGAUAAUACAAUUUAUUACGUCACCGAAAAUGAAGGAGUGUGUACCCGUUAA